CCAAGGCUGGAAAAAAACCCUGCGGAACUCCGCACCGCCCCCACCUUUCCCAUAACCCCUUCCUUCAUUCGGGAGGAGCUACGGCUGACUGGCACAGGAAGGGGCGGGGCCGUGGGUACGGAAUCGUUGAGCGAUCUCGCGAGAGCAGCAGAGAAGGGAAGCGCAGGUUGCAGGAUGCGGUUCCUGGUUGUGUUGGUCUUGCUGAGCGUCACAGCGGCGGGAGCCGCGCUGCCCAUUUCUCUUUCAUCAGCCGAUAAAAAACUCUUUCUUAAUCGGGAGAAGGGAGAGACUGCAGAAAGAGUCCCCAACCAGCCCCACUUGUUUAAGAGGGAGAAACCCAUUCCCGCAGGUCUGCCCAAGGAAAACGACAAUGCUGAGAUGGCUAUGCCACCCCUGUCCACCAAGGACAGUUCUGACAACUCAGAGAAAGAACACCAGCCCAAGAAAAAUACUUCUGACAAGUUGGAUCAGGAGCAGCAGGACAUGAAAGACACUUCUGACAAGUCCCCUGAGGAGCACCAGCCAGUGAAAGACACUUCUGACAAGUCCCCUGAGGAGCACCAGCCAGUGAAAGACACUUCUGACAAGUCCCCUCAGGAGCACCAGCCAGUGAAAGACACUUCUGACAAGUCCAAUCAGGAGCACCAGCCAGUGAAAGACACUUCUGACAAGUCCCCUCAGGAGCACCAGCCAGUGAAAGACACUUCUGACAAGUCCCCUCAGGAGCACCAGCCAGUGAAAGACACUUCUGACAAGUCCAAUCAGGAGCACCAGCCAGUGAAAGACACUUCUGACAAGUCCCCUCAGGAGCACCAGCCAGUGAAAGACACUUCUGACAAGUCCCCUGAGGAGCACCAGUCAGUGAAAGACACUUCUUACAAGUCCAAUCAGGAGCACCAGCCAGUGAAAGACACUUCUGACAAGUCCCCUCAGGAGCACCAGCCAGUGAAAGACACUUCUGACAAGCCCCCUCAGGAGCACCAGCCAGUGAAAGACACUUCUGACAAGUCCCCUCAGGAGCACCAGCCAGUGAAAGACACUUCUGACAAGCCCCCUCAGGAGCACCAGCCAGUGAAAGACACUUCUGACAAGUCCCCUCAGGAGCACCAGCCAGUGAAAGACACUUCUGACAAGCCCCCUCAGGAGCACCAGCCAGUGAAAGACACUUCUGACAAGUUGGAUGAGGAUCACCAGCCCAACAAAUAUAGUUCUGAGCCUGAAGGGGCUUCUCCACCCAAAGAAGAGAAAGAAAUGCUUGGCCCUGCCUCUGGAGAGAGCCACGAAGGGACACUUUUAGAUUCCACAAAUAGGAAGAAGGUUGACCUUUAUAAGGACAAUCUUGGAAGUGCCAGUGCAGAGAGCAGCCACUUCUUUGCUUAUUUGGUGACAGCAGCCAUUCUUGUUGCUGUCCUCUAUAUUGCGUAUCACAACAAGCGGAAGAUUAUUGCUUUUGUCCUGGAAGGAAAAAAAUCCAAACUUACUCGGCGGCCAAAGGCCAGUGACUACCAGCGUUUGGAUCAGAAGAUGUGAUUUUUUUGUUUUUGAGAACCUCGUCCUCCCUGCUGAUUUGUUUCUAAAUCAAGAGAAUUGAAGAGCGAAGUACUGUGAACUAAGGGACACGCCCUAGAGUUUGGUGGCAGUCAGGACUGGCAGAGGCAGGGGUUUGGGGGGGCAUUGCUUUGGUUUUUGCACCUGCACUUUGGUGACCUUGUCCUCCUGUGCUCCCAUUAUCUGCGCUGGCAUCUUCCUCCCUUGACCCCUCUGAGUGUGCAUAGGAAUGAGCAUGUGGGAACCCAGCUUUGACCAAAGGGAGAUCCCAGCCCUAGGCAGGCUACUACUGCUGACCUCCCUCCCUGGGGCCUUGGCUCUACAGUCAAGUUACCCCUUGAAAAUAGCAUUGCACUUGCCACUAUUUAUGUUUGCAGGCCUAGGAGAAAACUCAGGAGGUUGAGGUACUUUUCUACCAGGGCCUCUUACUUUAAGGAGGGAUGUGCCCUGAAAGAGAUAUACAAUGUGAAUGCUGUCAGGAAGAAGGCUACAUUGAACACAAUUUUUUUCAAAGGCUUCAGCAGCAAACCAGAACAGCUUUAAAAAACUGCUUUACUGCCUGCUACCUGAAAGUUCAACCUGUCUAGUUUAAGUUCUUCAUGUGUUUAUAAUAUUUUCAUAUGACUUAAGACAAAGUGAAUCAACUUCCAUUUGGUUGUACUGAUCAUUAAACUGAACUGAGGGAUCCUGGGAGUAAAGCUAAAGCUGUAAAGCCACUGUUCUCAUCGCAGAUUUUUAAAAAUAUACUUGAUUAUUGAAACACUCUUCUUCCUUACACUCAUAGCAGGAACUUUUUAGAAUAGGGUAAGUCCAUGCUUUCUAUGAGAGAACAUGUAGAAGGGUUUUGGUCUGCAUUGUUUUCAAAGGUCUUUUAUGAAAUAAGUUCCCCACAAACUCUAUUUUGCCUGUCUUGCCUAAAAGAGGAAAUAGACAUAUUUAGAAACUAACUGUACUCUUUCUUUUACCUUAAUCUAAUUAAUGGUCUUCCCAACUGAUAUAGAAUGCCAAGGGUAGUUAGAAAAAUUCUUCUCUCCCAUGGGAAGAGUUAUUAAAAUUUAAGAAAUUUAGAGUUCCCCUAGGGUCACUGAGGGUAGUGUCUUGGAUCAAGCUGUUUGAAGUCUUACGUAAAUCUAUUCUAGUCAUGCUGCCCCAUUACAGAGAUCUGACAACAAGUUGUUACUGCAGAGGAGAAACUGAAGAUAGCUGAUCUCAGGAAAUAUGGAGUGUGGGAAGUGAGGGGAAUUCUGUGCUCCUGAAGAAGUCAGUCUACAGAAGGGACCAUCGGGUUUGUCCUCUUAGCUUCCACCUUGCUUAAAACAGUUCCUGGCUUUGAGUUGAGAUUUUCAUGCAGUGCAGGUGGAGAUCAAGAAUGAAUGAGUACUCUACUUCUGCACCAGUCUUGUAUUGGAAACCUUUCUUCCAUUCAGAGGAAUGAGUCUUCUAGCAGGCUCCCCUAGCAUUCCCUAGGACCUUGGUUAUUUUAUUUCCUUUUCUGUCUCCCCGGUCCCUGCCUUUCCUCCUCCUCUCCAAUGUUUUCUCUUUCUGUCUCUCUAGCACUUUCCCUCCAGCCUUCAUGCAUGCACAGGUACCCUCUGCCCACCCCUGCAACCAUCCAUCUUGUUCUUCAGUCUCCUAUUCAACUUCUCCAGGAAGUAUUGCUUCCAUUAUUUUGCCAUUUAUUCUCUUCAUAAUUUUUACAAACUCACUUUGGUCCCUGCCUUUCUACUGUUUUUCUGUAGGUUCAGAUCCAGUGACAUAUUGUCAAAACUUAGUCUUGAUCUUGAUAGAAUUGGACACUACUGACCAUCCAAAUAGAAAUUACCCUUUUGUGGCUUCUCUGACAUACUGCCCUGAUGUCAUGAACUCCUUGGCCUCACCGUAUGCUGAUGGGAGAAAGGGCCUCAAAGGCAGUUCUCUCUAUUCCUUUGUCUCCUCAGAAAUUCAUUCAUUCUCCAUCCUCUGAGUGACUACAAAGUCUUUGUCUUUGGCCUAGUUCUCAGAGGAAACAGUCCUGUUGUGUGUUGAAUAUUUUAACACGGUUGUCCUGUUGUCACUGAAACUGAAUUCCUUCUACCCAUUAAACUGCCUCUCUCAACUGCCUGAUUUCUUUUAUCCUCUCAACUCCAAACUACAAACUUUUACCAUUUUUAUCACAUCACAAAAAUCUUAUCCAUUUUUUAAAAAUAUAUUUUAUUUAUUUAUUUUUAGAGAGGGGAAGGGAGGGAGAAAGCAAAGGAGAGAAACAUCAAUGUGUGGUUGCUUCUAGAGCACCCUCUACCGGGGACCUGGCGCACAACCCAGGCAUGUGCCCUGACUGGGGAUCGAACCAGCGAACCCCCAGUUUACAGGCCAGUGCUCAAUCCACUAAGCCACACCAGCCAGGGCUUAUCCAUUUAAAAAAAAAAAAAACACUCCACCUGGCUGGUGUAGCUCAGUGGAUUGAGCACGGGCCUGCAAACCAGACAAUCGCAGUUCGAUUCCUGGUCAGGGCACAUUCCUGGGUUGCAGGCCAGUUCCCUGCAGGCCAAUUCCCAGCAGGGGACACAUGAAAGGCAACCGUACAUUGACAUUUCUCUCCCUCCUUCCCUUUCCCUCUAAAGAUAAAUAAAUAAAAUCUUUAAAAAAAUACUCCAGCUAUAGUCUUUCCAUUUUCCCUGCUUCCUUGUCCCAUACCCACUUUGCCUCUUUCCUGGAUUUUUUUCAGGAACCACCUUAAUUGGUUCUCCCAUCCAUCUUUUCUUACCAACAUAAAGAGACCAGAUUGAUUUUAAUACUUGCCAGGAUCUGAAGCUUCUGAUUUCAUCCCUCAUGGCUUAGAGAAUCGAGGUUAUAGGCUCUGUCGGAUUCAGGAUCUGCAUACGGGCACUUGUCUGCUGGUUUUUCUCUGCAUCCUAGCCAGGCCAAAGUCCCCUCGUGUUGGGUGCCUGUCUAGGCCUCCUUGCUUUUUGUUCUUGCAUCCCUGGUUUCCCAGUUAUUCUUUGGUUAGGUUGCCCUCUCUUUUUUUUUUCUUAUCUCCCCAGAAUUUGUUUCCUCAUGGCCCAGCUCAGGUUUUCCCAUGUACCUUCCUAACAUCCCCAGCCUUGGGAUUGACUCUUUUUAUUUUCCUUUAAUAGCUCUUAAUAAUGUGUCACAAAUUUUGAAACUUGAGCAAAACAGGGUGGUCAGUAUUAGAUGUCUCCAGUCUCCCCAAGAAAACCAAGCUACCCGAGGGAGUGCCCCGGGCACCGUCUGCACACCGCCUAGCAUGGUGACCUCUCUCAGGUACUUCAGUUCACUUUCUUCUCCUAGCAAAGGAGAUGUGUUCUUUGAUCGAGACCUCUGGACGUGACUUAACGGAGGGCUCACACAGCUCUUUCUGGUUAUUGGUUGCUGUCCCCGACUGAUGGAUUUUGCUCAUAGAGGAGAGCAGAAAGAAAGGUUGUUUUAAGAACCUAGAGGGUUGGUAUUGCUGUGGAAUCCACAUAUUCCACUUUUUGAGCCUCUGAGAAAUAAUAUUUCUUGUGGUGAGUACAAUGGAAUUUAAGCUUCACUUAGAAAUUGCACUGAAGGAAAUCUCUCACACCAAAGGAAAACUUGAUAGUUUUUGUUUUUUGAAGAUUUGAAGCAUGUUUUUCUAGAGAUUGUGUGUGGAUGAGGGUGAGCUGGCUGAGGUAUCUUAAGCCAGCGGGGGGUCAAGCAAGGACGUACAGGAGUCUGAGACAGGCACCCCUCUCUAGAUAGCUUUAGGCUUCCCUUCCUGCCCCAAGCUUUUGAUUUGAAGGGUGGUUUCUGUCAGGAGGAAUCUAAUCUAUGCUUUGGUCAUGGUGGUAAUGGAGGAACUUGUGCCCCUGCUGGAUUACUGAGCAGAAUUAUGUACAGUCCAUUCCUGGACUCUGCGGAAGCAGAGUACCUGUCAUACCGAAAGGCUAACUUGGAAAGACCAAUUAGUUUUUUAUACAUUUUCACAUUUCUUUUCCCAUCAUAGCUUUUAAUGAAAUAUUUGGCAGUAGACCUCUAAACCUCUAAAAUUACCCUGAUGGUGAUUCUCAUUUUGUUCUCCAAUUCAUGUCAAUUAAAUCAGAAAAAAUAAAAAAUAAAAGGAAGCCUGCCUCUUGUUUGUAAAGGGCAAGUUGGUACAUAAUGCUGCAUGUGUGAUGGAAGGUAGUGCGCUUUGCACAUGCUGAAUCUUUGCACAUGCUGAGUCGUUUGGACAGGGAGGUGUGCCAUAUACCAGACCUGGUAGUUCUGCUAGCUGUUUUCUAAAAACUCUUGUUUAGCAUGGCCUUGCUUAAGGAUCUUGGGAAGAGAUUUUCAGGUUUAAUUGAACUGUAUAUCCAGAGCAAAGACUGAAUCUCAAGUUAGAAACUCCUCUGUGAAAGGGUUGACUCUGAGCUGUAUAGUUUCAAGCUGCCAACAAAGCCAGCCUCUUAGCACUGAUUUUAUAUAUAUAUAUAUAUAUAUAUAUAUAUAUAUAUAUAUAUAUAUAUAUGUAUAUAUAUGUAUAUACAUAUGUAUGUAUAUGUAUAUAUUAUAUAAUAUUCCUUUAAGUCAGAAAUCUACCAUGUUAAAUGAUUGUUAUUGUUUCCCUUUUUUGUUUACCUAAUUAGUAGAUUGGCACUGUUUUGCAGUGUUUUAUAUUUUCAGCUUUUGUAACUUAACUGUAAUUUUUUUAAGCUUGUUUGGUCUAAUGAUAAGUAUUUUUCAGUACCUAAUGUUUUACUGAGCUUCUAUGAAUGCUACGUGAUGUAAUUUUGUAUUAUUGCACAGAAACUGAAAUAAACUUCAAAUAUUAAAGCCACA